UGUGUGUGACACACUCCGCAGCAAUAGGUGGAGCUGUGACGGAGUGUUGGGUCUGAAGAGAGGGAGGACACGUCUGCAGAAGAGUGAAGUUCACUGCGCACGCGCGCCACAGCCUUCAUUCACACUUACUGCGGACGAGGAACAGGGAGAAGAUGAGGACUCUGUGCUUGUUUGCUCUGGUUGCUGUGCUGGGUCUGGUGGCAGGAGAAGAAGGGGCUCGUCUGCUAGCCUCCAAGUCCCUGCUUAACCGCUAUGCAGUGGAGGGCCGAGAUCUCACUCUCCAGUACAACAUUUACAAUGUUGGCACCAGUGCUGCACUGGAAGUGGAGCUUUCUGAUGACUCCUUCCCCCCUGAAGAUUUCGGCAUUGUCUCUGGAAUGCUGAAUGUAAAAUGGGACCGCAUUGCCCCUGCUAGUAAUGUGUCUCAUACUGUUGUGCUGCGACCCCUGAAGGCUGGCUACUUCAACUUCACCUCAGCCACUGUCAGCUACCUUGCCCAGGAGGGAGGGCAGGUUGUGGUUGGUUACACCAGCGCUCCUGGUCAGGGAGGUAUUCUGGCUCAGCGGGAGUUUGACAGACGCUUCUCUCCCCAUUAUCUGGACUGGGCUGCAUUUGGUGUGAUGACCCUGCCCUCCAUUGGCAUCCCCCUGCUCCUGUGGUACUCCAGCAAGAGGAAAUACGAUUUGCCCAAGACCAAGAAAAACUAAUAAGGAAGUGCGUUACAGAAAUGUGGGUUCAGUUUGUAGCUUAUUUUGGGGGGGAGCAAUUUUCAAUAAUUUAUUACCCAUAUUGGGGGUAAAACAAUGAGUCAUGCAGGUUUUGGGCACAUCUGAUAAAAUGCCCUUUUUGUUUUGUUUUCCUGUAAGAAUUCCAGACUGCCACUAACUGUUUGACUGUAUUGUUCCUUUUUUUGUUUGUUUGUUGAUCAGCGGCAAAUUGAGUCUCAAGAACUUUGCACCCUCUUUAUUGCUGGUCUGAGAUCAGUGGUGAAAAUAAAGAUGUGGGUUUUUUAAAAAUAA